GGCUCCAAGACUAGGCCCGUAUAGAUGGCUUAUAGGCUAAUCGAUUUAAGACAUAGUCUCCUCUGUUAACAACAUGCCUCAUGAUUUAUUGAAACUUGACUGUAACCUAGGCCUUUUACAUGCACAUGCAAUUGGAGACGACGCUAGACACGUCAAGAGCUUUCGCUGGAUAAAGAGUAUGUUUGGUGCAUAAAGCAGUGAAGGUGCCAACAUGCAAAGUAUAAAGUGUGUAGUGGUCGGCGAUGGAGCUGUCGGGAAGACUUGUCUCCUUAUUUCCUACACGACCAACGCCUUCCCCAGCGAGUACAUCCCCACCGUGUUUGACAACUACAGCUCCCAGGUUACCGUGGACAGUAGGACUAUUAGUCUGAACCUGUGGGACACUGCUGGGCAGGAAGAGUAUGACCGCCUCCGCACCCUCUCCUAUCCCCAGACGAAUGUCUUUGUCAUCUGCUUCUCGAUCGCCAGCCCACCCUCCUAUGAGAAUGUCAAGCACAAGUGGCACCCCGAGGUGACACACCACUGCCCCAGUACGCCUAUCCUGCUGGUGGGCACCAAGAAGGACCUGCGGAACGACCCUGAGAUCCUGAAAAAGCUGAAGGACCAGAACCAGACCACCGUCACCCAACAGCAGGGCACGGCGCUGGCCAGACAAAUCCAGGCCAUCAAGUACCUUGAGUGCUCGGCUCUCAACCAAGAUGGUAUAAAGGAGGUGUUUGCUGAGGCUGUGCGUGCUUUUCUCAAUCCACAGCCAACUACCACCAAGAAACCAUGUGUGCUGUUGUAGAUGAGUCAAACAGCAUGCCUGUCACUGAAGGAUGUAAAAACUGUUUGAUAUAACUUAAUAUACAACUAUAGUUAUAAAAUUAGGUCGUAUUGUUUGUCAGAAUUCCAAUUAGGGCAAUUUUGCAAAACAAAAUAUAUUGAGGAGUUGGAUGUUAAUCAAACUAAGCAGUUUCAGUAAAGGGUUUUAUUAUAUUGUAUGUGUUUUAUCAAUGUAUUAAUUUAAAUGAGCCACCCAGCUGUGAACCUUAUCUAACUUACUGAGACAUGAUGUGCUUCUUUUCAUGUGUAGUGGUUGUUAGAGUUUUUGACAAAGGAAUCACUUAUCCAAUAACAGCUUUCUUCCUGAAAAUUUCUUUUUUUUAAACGCUGAUGUCUGAAAGAUUGCCAUGUUGGUUAUUCUUGGCUCUAUAGAGUUGAGAAUUACAGUGCUUUCAUUACUCUAAACCUGAGUUGUUAUCUAUGUCUGAAUACAUACCUUCUCCAUUCCACUUUCAUCCAGUCUGCUUACGCUUUAUAAAAUGUAUUCUUUUAGAUUUCUGUGUUAAAUGCAAAAUAAUAGUCAACCUGGUUUAAUAUCACUUGGAAAGCUGACUAAGAACAGAGACUUGAUAAGCAUGGUUGUAUAACACUGAGCUAAUUUUAUUUAAAUCAUGAACUGUUGUGGAAAAAUGUCUUUGAUAUUAAUAAUAGAGUUACAGAGAUAAGAAGAUGAGGGUGUGGAGUUGUUUCUCAGUGGUGAACACUGGACCUUGGUUAACACCUAUCCUUAGGUAGUUGGUUAGUUAGUUCUUUUAUAUGUGAAGCAUUGCUGCAGCUCUAUGCUAUAGUAUCCCUGAUUUGAAUGUUUGGGUGUGCAUAAGGUUCCAUACAAAAGAGGAAACAAAGUGUCACUUCUGAUAAGCUACGCAGAUUUUCCUAUCAGAGUCAUUAGUCAGCAUGAGAGAAAGAAACAGGGACAGAGACGGUGUGUGUGAGAGAGAGGAAAAGAGGGAGAAAGACAGAGAGAGAGGGAGCACGCAUGCACAAAAAAAAGGGAACUGGUUGGUUACUUCCUUCUAAAAAUCCACAGCUAUUUUAACCGGGGAUUUCAUUUCUCUCUCUCUCACACUCAGCCUUGUUCCUCCCUUCUUCUCCUGUUGUGUAGCUCUGUCAAGAAUUCUUCAUCUAGAGUAGUCAUCUUGGAAUUUCCAGACCACUGGCCUAGAGAAGAGGGAGGGGCCUGUGUGUUAGAAAUCUAGGCUCUGUUCUCCCUCUUCUUUCAAAAAUCACUGUGUAGAUUUUUACUAACUUUUUUAAAUGAUUUUUUAAUUUAUAAACUGUUGAUGUAAUUUACAAAAAGUAUACAUCUGCUUUGUUUCUAAGUAACAGGCUGAUCAGGGAAAUAACAUUAUUUUAUAACUGUAAAGGGGUCCCUGCCAGGCACCAUUCUGGGGAUAAAAUAGUUUUCCUCUCUUCAUAAUACCACACAUAUCAUGGAAAUAUCCUUCUUUUCAAUAACUCCUCUUUACAUUUUUCCCUCUUUACAAAAAAACAUGGACAUGUUUGAGAAACCCUGACCCCAAGAUGUAAGUGGAGAUAGCACAAACCAUGAGGCCAGUAGCUGUCCUCCAUUUCCUGGGGAUUCAUUUGAGAGUUAAAUUACCCUCUGGUCUGUCGAAAGGGUUGUUAGAUAUCAUUCACAGCCUAAACCGUCUGCCGUGUCAUGUCCACUUCCGUCAGAGGAUUCAUUUGAUAGUAAAAUCACCUGCCGCUGCCAAGCAGCACAAACAACUAAACUAACAGAUUAGGCAUUGUUUGUAAGUUAUUCUAAAACUUUAAAUACACAAUGUGUACCUUGCAUGUUUCUGGUAUGGGGAUAACCGAGUAUGGUAGACGGAGCUCUGCCUUUGUGUAGACACCUCAACCACUGGCAAGGAAACACAUAAUCUGCGAUAUUUCAUGAGGUAUCUGCUGGUGUGUGUGCAAAGCAGGUGUCUUGUAUGGGUCUGGAUGCUAUCCUUGUGUGUUUUCACUUCUCCAUUUCAUCUAUGGGUGGUUUCUGAGAUAAAAACAGAUAAUCAAUCUUA